AGCUGCUUACUACCUCUCUAGGUAAACAAAUGAAAAUUUUUUUUUUUAAACAAAAAGCAUAAGAAAAUGGAAAUAGCAAAUUCUUACUAUAGUAAAGAUGAAUAUGUAGAAACAGCUUCCGGUAACAAGGUUAGUCGCCAAACGAUUUUGUGUGGCUCUCAGAAUAUCGUUCUGAAUGGUAAGGUGAUUGUGCAAAGUGGUUCCAUAAUACGGGCUGAUUUAGCUAAUGUUCGUACCGGUCGUUAUUGUGUGAUUAGUAAAAAUGCUGUAAUACGGCCGCCUUACAAACAAUUUAGCAAAGGUGUUGCAUUCUUCCCUAUGCACAUAGGAGACCACGUAUUCAUCGGCGAAGGAGCAAUAGUAUCUGCUGCUUCAAUCGGCUCUUUCGUAUACAUAGGAAAAAAUGCUAUUCUUGGUCGCCGUUGUACCUUAAAAGAUUGUUGCAUUAUAGAAGAUGACGCUGUUUUGCCUCCAGAUACCACAGUAGCAAGUUACAUGCGAUAUACCGCUAAAGGCUCCCUCGAGGGCGGCCAAGGCAAUCCAAAUUUCGUUCCAGCGGCUAUGCAAGAUCAAAUGAUAGAUUAUACAAAGUCGUUUUAUGAACAUUUUGUGCGUUCACCUCAAGCCACGGAGAUGCAAGUGACGUAGGUGAUUCAUCUUGGCUGCUGGCUGGCCUUAUCCCCUUUAUAUUCAAAACUUCAACAAGUAAUCUCCCCCAGUUCCAAUGAAGCUUUUCUUUCAUUUUUUAUUUUUGUUAUAAUUUUUUUGGAUUUUUCGCUUUUGUUUUAAAGAAAUUUUAUUUUUUUUCCAAAUUUUCCUCUACAAUUAUUCACAAACUUCAAAAACUUGCACUGAUUAACCCGUAAGAAAGUUCUUUGACUUAUCGCAAAGAAAACCGUUCGCUGUUUCUUUUUUGCAUAUGCCAACAAAGUAUGGAAGAUACUACGAGCAUUAUCAAGCAGUAAAGAAGGAGAAUAUCCAUUUGAAAUCAAAUUUUGGCCAUAUUCUGUUAGCGCGGUUAUUUUCUGUUAAAAAAUUUUAUGUUAAGCCGAUCAUUUUCUGUUAAAAACU